GGAAAUUGAGAGCCUCUGAAUACUAGUUACUGGGAAUUACAAAAGGAGGAAAUGCUGCGGUGGUUAGGCCCUGCUUCAAUCCUGUCCAGGAUGAAGGACUAGAUGGGUUAACAGACUAACUGAAAACAAGACUAAAAUGAGUCAUGACUAAGGUAUUAAUUUAGCCCUUUUUUCCUCCAGGAACAGGGCCACCUGAUAAAAAAGCAUUUAGUUGCAUGUUUGUUGAGAAUAUGUAGCUAUUUGUCUUACAUGCAAAGAGAAAGCAGCUGUAAAUAGUAGGCUGAAGUAGUGAUCAUCAAGUUUCGUGAAGGGUCUACUGGGCCUAUUGACUGAUACACACUAUAAAAUUCUGCAGAUGCUGAAGAUUCUGUUUAUAAACUGAAUGCUGCAGAAAUAAUUUGAUAUUGCAGUGGUGUCUUUAUUCCUCACUUGUUAACGUGAACCUGACUAGGUUGCAUCCCAGACAUAGAAACACAAAUAGAAAGUUGCAAGGAUCAACCACUCCCUUGCAAGGAUUAUAAGUUCCUAUGUAAAAUGCUUGUCAGACAUAAAAUAAAACUACUCUUGAACAUGGUGCCUGGAAAGCAACGCUUUGGAAUAUAUAGGUUUCUCCCUUUCUUUUUUAUCCUUGGAGGUGGUAUGGAAUGGUUUAUGAUCAGAGUCCGAAUUGGAAAAGAGACUUUUUAUGACGUUUACCGUAGAAAAAGGUCUGAGAGACAGCAUGAGCAGAAUUUGGAAGGAAGAUGACUUUGACCCUGAAUAAUUUAGAUGAAAUCUGAACUUCUAAAUCCUACUUGCCAUUCACAUUUAAAUUAAGAAAAUUACAAGUGUUCAGACUGAACAAUGACUGUUUCGAGUCCCAUGAAGUUUUUGCUACUCAGUUUGCUGGAAGAAGAUGCUGUAGCUGUCUUAUUGUAAUCACAGCUACCCAGGAACUGAACAGUAAAGAUCGGUUACAAUACUUAUAUUCUAUUUCAGAAGCUGUAAUUAAUUGUACAUUUAAAACAUUUCAUCAUUGGUUUAUUGAUUAAUCAUCUGUUUUUAUAAACCCUUCCACGAAACACAGCUUGUAGUACUGCUUCUCUUUUAAAUUUAGGGAACAUGUUUGGCAUGACACUGGCUGGUUCAGAUGUAGCAAGCAAUCGUGAGCCUUGUCCAUGCAUGCUUCUCUCAUUUUCCUCUGGCAUGGCCGCAGAGAAUUCUGGAAGCUUUGCUCUGGAAAACUUUAGCACAUUUCCCUCUUUUCAGCCUGUUCCAGUUGCUCUAAGCAGCUGCUGAAUCAAGGGAAGCAGUGAGUGGUUCAUCUAUUAUUAGCCUUUGCAGGGUUGGCUAAUGUUUCUUGAGCCAAUGACCACAUUGAUCCAGGGUCAGUCUUCAGUGGGCUGCAUGUCAUGGCCAAGUAUAGAAGUGGCUUUAUUAUUAUUAUUAUUAUUUCUGUGUCAGUGUCCAUGCCCCCCCCCGGUGUCUCUUGGAACUGGGCGCAGCCUGCACAUUUGCCACACCUGCUUUAAGGGGUUGAAAUUGUACUGUAUAGUCUUUGAUAUUUAGUACAAAUUACUUUGGGGGGUAAUUAACCUAAGUUAACCACAAUAUGCCCCAAGAAAUAGACAUCAAGCCUGUAUAAACUUAUGCACUACUCACAUCAAAGUCCUAAUGCAUGAACACACAGGUGCAUAUCAUUCAGCUUCAGAGGAGUUACACUGCUCAAAAUGGGGAGAACACUGGAAAAUGUUCCUGUUGCUUAUAUAGCUCUAUGAUACCAGAUGUGCUCUAUACUGUAAUUUGUAAAAAAUAAAUAAAAAUGUUUUGAGAUGUAGAGUGCACUUUGCUGGUAUUGAUUAUGGUGCAAGUAGAUCUAAUGAAAUUAAGGACAUUUAACAUUCCUUCUAUAGGUCACAUACUAUAUAAGCCUUACAUGUACGUAGGAAUUAAACGUUAAGUCAAGUCAGUGAUUUUCCAGACAGGCAAAAUGUGUGACCACUAUCAUACACCUGAGAUUCAGUGGAUUUGUGUAUUGAUUUGAUGAAUGACAGAGCUCUGUAUUAGGACAGUUCAGAUUGUUUCAUAUUAGCCUAGUAUUGCUUUUUGGGGGAACUGUGACAGUAUGUAUAGCUUGCUUAUCCCCGUGGUUUCUUUAAAGGACACAUCUAGAUUUCCAGGAAAACUAAGAAUAAGACAUCAAACCUGGCUAAUCCAAACUGCAAGCUAUUUUUAUUCAAAUUAAAAAGCCUCAGACAAACUGAUAGUACAUGCACAUUGACUAGUUAUCACUUUACUCAAUGGAGUAUACAACCAGGAGUAAAAAAAUGAGGCAUGGAUUAACCAGGUCCAAAAAGCAUAUAUGCUGAAAAGUAUAUUAUAAAACAUCAACUUGAAUUAUUACAUAAACACAUUUGCUCUAAGGGAAGAGUGGGGAAUAUGAAAUAGGAGAUGGAACUGCUGAUCACUUCCAAACUGGUUCACUGAAACAUGUUUUUUCCACUCAAGCCAACCAUUUCCCAUACUCUUAUCUGAAUAUUCAAUGUCCUUUUAUUCUAAUACAGUGCA